AUGGCUCGCGAACAAGCACCCCCGAAUCUACCUCUGCGACCGUCGAGCAACCAAGCCAAUGUGGGCGCAAGUUCCGAUCAGUCAAGCGCAACAACAAGCAAGCCGAGCGUGUUUGCCAACCACAAUGGCUUCGGCCCCGUCACAUCCACGGCCCCCUCCACUUCAUCCACGUCUUCACAUCGGCCUGCUGUUAAAGCCAGCGCAUAUGGCAAGAACUUGGACGACAAGUACUCUCAUCUAUUCAUCCAGCCCAAGUCGCGGCCAGAACACCACCGCCCAACGCGCAUCAAUGGACCUUUAGGACCUUCUGCUAAGGACAAGAAGCCUCCGCCCCCUCCCAUGUUCAGCACGGUCCCGGCUGGAUCCGCCACAAACCCCAUCUCGGUCUUGGACACACCACCAAGAUACACUCAGCCAGGCUUCUCGUCCAACUGGACCGAUCCCAAGAAGACGUCUGCUGACCUUCAGGCUCUCAUUGAAGGGUCGCUUGAGGAUGAUGAAGACGAGGAGGAGGACGACGACGACGAUGACGAGAAACAAUCAGAGAACGAUGACGGCAAGAGUCAGUCACAAAUCAAGGGACUAAACGUCCGUCUUCUACCUCACCAAGUCAGAGGUGUCGAAUGGAUGAAGCGUCGCGAGCUUGGUCCAGUCAAGAAGGGCAAGGUUCCAAAGGGCGGUAUCCUUGCAGAUGAUAUGGGUCUUGGCAAAACUUUGCAAUCCAUCUCACUCAUUCUCACCAACCGAAAACCAAAGGACUCUGAUAAACUUCAAGGCGUUGAAAGUUCAACUCUGGUCGUAGCACCGCUCGCUUUGAUCCGACAAUGGGAAGCAGAGCUAAAGGACAAGAUUGCCGAUUCCCACAAACUAAAGGUCCUGGUUCAUCACGGCCCGCAGCGCACCAAGAACUUCAAAGAUCUUCGUCGGUAUGAUGUCGUUAUCACGACCUAUCAGAUCCUAGUGUCUGAACAUGGCCAUACCAAUGGCUCGGUUAAGGCUGGCUGUUUUGGUCUGCAUUGGUACCGUGUCAUCCUGGACGAGGCGCACACCAUCAAGAACCGCAAUGCCAAGUCGACAAAGGCAUGCUACGACCUUCGAAGCGUCUAUCGCUGGUGUCUCAGUGGCACCCCUAUGCAAAACAACUUGGACGAGCUUCAGAGUCUGGUCAAGUUCUUGCGCAUCAAACCGUAUGAUGACCUUGCCGAAUGGAAACACCAUAUCGAGGCGCCAAUGAAGCGAGGCGAAGGAGAUGUGGCCAUUCAACGACUGCACAGUAUCCUUCGAUGUUUCAUGAAGCGACGAACCAAGGAAAUUCUCAAGGAGCCGGGCGCCCUAGAUGCUGGCGGUAGCAAGUCCGAUUCAAAAGAUGGCGAAGAAAAGAGCGCCACGUCGGACUUCAAGAUCACCGAGAGAAAAGUUGUCUCAUUGCAAGCCAAAUUUUCUCCCGCGGAACGACGCUUCUAUGACCGUCUCGAGCUGCGAACCGACAAGAGCAUCCAGAGCAUGAUGAAAUCCAAGAAUGUCAAUUACGCCAAUGCCCUUGUCUUGCUGCUACGACUCAGGCAAGUCUGCAACCAUCCCAAGCUUGUCGAGGGCAAGCUGGAAAAGGACAGGGAGGCACUGAACACGGAAACGAAACCCAAGAAGAACGAUGCCGAUGUUGACGAGCUCGCAGACCUGCUCGGCGGACUUGAUGUUCAGGCUAGACACUGUGACAUUUGCGGUUGGGAGCUGGACAAGGACAAUCGCGUGCAAGGAAAGGACAUGUGCAAAUCAUGUUCUGAAGACUUGGAAUAUUUCAAUAACCACGAUGAUGGUGACGAUCCCGAAAGCCCCAAGAAGGUCAGAAAGCCCAAAGCAAAGGUCAAGAAGGUGGUUCGCGAGCAGGUCAAGACGGAGCUCGUCAAGCGCAAACCGAGAAAUCGCAAGACUGUUGUCGAUAGCGAUGACGAAGGUGAUCAGUCCAUCAUCAAGCCAGCCCGCAAGCCAAGAAAUCGAGCUGCCAUUAUUGACAGUGAUGAUGAGGAGGAUGAGGGGAGCUGGAUUGUUUCUGGCGAUGAACAAGGUCCCUUGCGGCUGGGCAAGGCUGGCGGCACCGAUGAUGAGAAUGCCGAAGGCGAAGGCGAAUCUAUCAAUACGGCCGACUCGGAAAGCGACUCCGAAGAAGAUGGCAGUAAACUGGAUAGCUUCAUUGUUCGUGAUGAGGAAGACACCAAACCAGAAGAUGCCGACAAGACUCUCGAUGAUUCUGAAUCUGAAGAAGAGUUCGAGUCAAUUUCUGUCAUCAAAUCCAAGGUCGAGGCUGAGAAAGCUAGAGCCGCUCUCAAGUCUGAAAGCUCGAGUGAAGAGACAGAGGACUCGGAUUCCGAGGAUGGAAUCGAGGACGACCUCGAUUCGGACUCUGACGAAGACCAGUCACUGAAUCCUUGGUCCACUGGGAGACACAGGAACAAGGAAAAGACUCCGCUCGUCCUGGCUUCGGCAAAGAUCCGCGAGCUCAUGAAGAUCUUGCACAAUGAGGUCGACGACCACAAAUUCAUCGUCUUUUCUCAGUUCACAUCCAUGCUAGAUAUUGUUGAGAGGUUUUUCAAGAAAGAUGGCAUCCGCUACACUCGAUACGACGGUGGCAUGAGAAACGAUGCACGUGAAGCUGCCCUCGACUCUUUGCGCAACGAUCCCCGCACCAGAGUACUGCUCUGUUCCCUCCGUUGCGGAGCUCUGGGUCUGAACCUGACAGCCGCUAGCCGAGUGGUCAUCUUGGAGCCCUUCUGGAACCCUUUUGUCGAGGAGCAAGCCAUUGACCGUGUGCACCGUCUCACCCAGAAAGUCGACGUGGUGGUUUACAAGCUCACGGUCGAGAACACGGUCGAAGAAAGAAUCCUAGAACUCCAAAACAAGAAGCGCCUCUUGGCCGAGCAGGCCAUUGAGGGUGGCAUGCGCAAGGAUGGCUUGAAGCUUGGCCUCAAGGAGCUGAUGGAUCUGUUUAGGCCGGUGGGUAACAAUGUUAGAAUCGCUAGCCCCGAAGACUAUUACGAUGCCCAGCAAAUUGGCCGAGAUCUGAGGGCCUAUGUUAAGAGACCAAAGCAGAAGCCUACACAAGAGAAUAGUGUCUAUGGUAGACGGUGGUAG